UCGACGCAGAGAACCGAAGGCGACGGAGGACCACAGCACCAGGCUGGAAAAAUAGAAGUGAAAGCUAGCGGGAGGUUUUAAUUCUGAGUAACUUACUUAGGUUUUGUUUAUUUUAAUUUCAUUACUCUACAUCUGUUAAGUUUUGCUAGCUGCUAGCUUAAACGGCACCAUGUUUAUCUCAUCACAAAACUCACCGCCUUCCUUCAAAGAUUUCACCCUCGUCAUGCCCGCUGUUGCUGUCGGUAACGUGGGUCAGCUGGCGGUGGACCUCGUCAUUUCCACACUCAACAUGAGCAGAGUGGGCCACCUGCACACAGACUGUCUCAUCCCGAUGGCCGGGAACAACCCGUACGCCACCUGCAAAGAAGACGCUGAGGAGCUGCACACUCCUGCAGAAGUUUACACAGCAGCAGAACUGAAGUUGGCGGUUCUUCAGAUCAGAGCUCCGAUUGUUCAGACAAAGUCCAAAAGGUUCCGUCAGCUGCUCGUGUCUUGGAUCAAAAGCAGCGGGUUCGCCAGGACUGUCGUCCUUUCCAGCAGCCACGCCUACCAGAGGGACGACCAGCAGCUGCAGGGCACCCCUCUGAGGUACCUGGUCACGCCGUCUCUGCUGAAGGUGAGUGCGGACGCCCUGAAGGAGCUCGGCUGGAGGGAGAUGGAGCGCGUGCCCGCCUUCCCCGGACUGACGGACGCCGACGCGGAACCGCGACUCUGCGUCCCCGGAGGAGGCAUCACCAAAGGACUUUACGCAGACAGUUGUGCCGAAGACAUCCCGCUGGCCGUGUUGCUCCUCUUCUGCUCGGAGGGUGACAACAUCCCAGACGCGUUCACGCUCGUCAACCACCUCAACGACUGGCUCCAUCUGCUGGGCAGUCAUAGCCAAGAGUCGAGCAAAUGGAAGAUGCCCUCCUCCUGGAGCCUCUUGUUCGGCAGCGGCAUCCCUCCUGCGCUGUUCUAAUACAUCUCCAUCUUGGUUUUUGGCUAUUUUUAGCCUAUAAUUAUCUAGUGAAGAAUGCAACAAUUGUUUAUUUCACAUCUGUGCUGGUCAGACCACAGUGGACCCUUGAGACUGCUGCUUCACAAUAAGCUGCCACAUUUCGUUUUCCUGGUCUUGGUUCGUAAAAUAAAUAAAACGUCUAGGAGA